UUCUCGUCGAGGAAGAAGGAAGGGACGCGAAUGUUCACUUCACCUGUAAUCAAAGCACGUUGUACUAAAGGUUGACUCGACUGGCUGGAUUCAAGUCAGUGGCAGUCUGCUGGCUGCUCCUCUAAUCAGUCCACCGUCCUGUCAGGUUUCAUCUUGUUUACCUUGUUUCGCUUUAGUUGGCAGCAGAGCUAACGCUAACGACGUUAGCCAGCUAGCUUAGCCAGGCGCUAGCUCCUAGCUAACGGUAGUCUGUGGCGAAAUGGCGGCCAACACGACACAAGCAGCACCAACAACAAACUGGUCCUAUGGAGGUGCUGGAGAUGGCCAGGUUCAUGAAAACCCAGAAUGGGAGAAGGCAAGACAAGCACUAGCUUCUAUUAGCAAGAGCGCUGCUAAGACGGCACAAGCCAACCGGACAGCCACAGCAGAGGCCGGUCAGUUUCAGCCACCAGUGACUGACUCUGCUGCCAUUCAACAGCAGCAGCAGCAGCAGCAGCAGCAACAACAACAACAACCACCGCAGCAGCAGCCGCCGCAGCAGUACUAUCCAUGGUACCAACAAACUCAGCAACAUUACCCUGGAUACACAUAUCCCUAUAAUUACUACUACCCCAUGGGUCCAUAUGGAGCAGCAUAUCCACCAAAUCAGUAUGGUGUACCCCAAGGGCCUUAUCCAGGAACUCCCACCUCUAAUGGACAGGCUCCUCCAGUGCCGGGAAUGGAAGACCAGUCCUCUGGCUACCAGUCUCAAUCACAACCUCCGACCCCUGCUACUCCCCAACCCCCCCAGAGCCCAACCACCUCAGAGACCCCUCCACCUCCACCCCCACCAAUUCCUCCCCCACCCAACUCCCAGUAUCCCCCUCCUCCAUCACAAAAUGCUUACAGUGCCAAUAACUCCAUGCAAUACCCGCCCAGUGACCCCAACCAAAUGCAGGUUUACAAUCAUUCCCAGGGAAGACCCAACUACGGACAGGGUUUCCAGGCCCAGAACAACUAUCAGCCCUCUCAGAAUAACUCACAGCAGCAAGGCCAGUAUGUACCAGGGCUCGGCAGAGGAGAGGCCAACAAAAACAAAAACCAAAAACAAGGACAGCAACUGUGGCACCGCAUGAAACAGUCCCCUGGGACAGCUUCAGUGAAGUUCAAUAUUCACAAGAGGCCCUAUGGGGUUCAGUGUUCUCCAAUGUCCAAUCAGACUUUCCCGCCAGGCGAGCAGCCCUCAGGAUUAAAUCCAACUCCUUCCUCCCCAUCUUCUGCCAGUGCUGCACCCGGAGGUGCUCAGACAAGACCCCAGGAUUGGCCCCAAGCCAUGAAGGAAUAUGUGCAGCGCUGUUUUACAGCCUGUGAGACGGAGGAAGACAAAGAUCGUACAGAGAAAGUACUGAAGGAAGUUCUGCAGGACCGGCUGAAGGAUGGCUCUGCCUACACUAUUGAUUGGACUCGUGAGCCAUUGCCAGAAUUAAAGGUCAAGCAGUCUCGUUGGGAAUCUGUUCAAUCCCAGAGGACAUCAGACGGCCAUGGUGGAAGUCCAGCGGCUGCGUCUUCAAGAGGCAGGGCUGGUGCACACAGAUUGGGCCACUACAGGAAUAUAUUUUCUCAGAGGAGUCCAUCUUCUAGUUCCUCCCACUCCUCCUCCCGCUCCCCAUCCCCUUCCCAUGGCCGACACAGGGACCGCAGCAACCAAAGGCACAAACGCAGUGAUUCUGGCUCACAGUCAGACAGCAGCAUCUCCAGUGACCUCCGACCUCAGCUGUCUCGACGCAGUCAGAGAGGUGCACGUGGUCGUGGUAAUGACAGGGAUAGAGGCCGUGGGGAGAGAGGACGAGGAAGAGGAGGGAAAGCAAACAGAGGAAGGAGAAACAUGGACGAUUCCAAUGCAGCUGUUGGAAAGAAAAGGAAAGGUGGCAAUGCUGGUCUGGAUUUCCAUGACCCCAACAGAGAAGCCAAGAAGCAGAGCAGAGCAGCUCGUUUCCACAAGCAGCUUCGCUCAGAGCCGCUGGUUCUCUCCAUCAAUUCCCUGGACUUGCCUGAUGGAACACAGGAAGGCAUAAGCUGGGAGGACUGCCCUAUUGUGGGAACAUGCCAGGACAUCACCAAGUCCUAUCUGAGGCUCACCUGUGCCCCGGACCCCUCCACUGUGCGCCCUGUGCAUGUCCUGAGAAAAUCACUGCAGACUGUGAAAGUCCACUGGAAAACCCACCAGGAGUACACCUAUGCCUGUGAACAGAUGAAGUCCAUACGACAGGACCUCACGGUCCAAGGAGUUCGUACUGACUUCACAGUGGAAGUGUACGAGUGUCAUGCACGCAUUGCUCUGGAAAAGGGAGACCACGAAGAGUUCAACCAGUGCCAGACCCAGCUGAAGGCCCUGUACAAGGAUAAUCCCUCAGAAAACAUUGGAGAGUUUACAGCAUAUAGAUUGAUGUAUUACAUCUUCACUAAGAACUCUGGAGAUCUGACCACUGAGUUGGUUUACUUGACCCCGGCACUGCGGGCAGAUGUGUGUGUGGCUCAUGCUCUUGCCCUCCGUGCUGCCUGGGCGUUAGGAAACUAUCGCCGUUUCUUUAAGCUGUACAAGGAAGCCCCGCGUAUGGCUUCAUACCUAAUUGACAAGUUUGUAGAGAGGGAAAGAAAGGUUGCACUUCGGGCCAUAUUCAAAACGUUCAGGCCCGACUUGCCAGUGGAGUAUGUGCAGUCCAAUCUGGGCUUCUCUUGUAUAGACUCCUGUAUGGCCUAUCUUACUGGGCUAGGUGUCACCUUCUACCCUUGUGACCCCCAUAAGAUAGACUGCAAAGCCAGCACAGCUGCUUUGGCUGCCUCCUGAGGGGGUUGGGGGGGUUUAGCAUCAUGAAGGGACACUAAGGGGUCAUUAUGGAUCCUUAAAUAUUCAAUGUACUGCACUUGAGACACCUCAGCCUAUUCAGAUAGGGUAGUUGGCAAACUAACAGCUGUAAAAGACCCAUAUAGAAAGAAAGAUGCUAUACUAUGCUGAAAGUUUCAGAUUUCAGAUGUAAUUCCUGACACUCGGAUAAGAACUUUUUUUAACAAGUCUGACCACACUGUCACUCAAAUAUUGUAGCUUAGCUUAAUGCCCAAGUCAUCUCACUACAUUGAUAAGGCCAGAGAAGUGGAUCAGUUUAGAUUUGGGAUUAACAUGUAGACUCAGCAUUUAGAGGCCCAGAAGUCACAGAACCAGAUCAGGGAGUCCCCCUCAUGGUUCCUGUUCAGUAACCACCAUCAGAUGUCAAAGCUAACAGUGUUCUGUUAUGUUUUUUCCUUCCUCAAGUCAACAGCUCCAAGACCUGAAGAUUUAAGCCUUGUCAACCAAAAAGGAAAAACAAACCGCUGUUCUUCUAGUCAUUUAUCCACCUCUCUCCUGUUUGACAACAAGCCUGCAGAUUCAGGUCAACUCUACAUAUUCCUCCUAGAGACUGUGAGCCAACAUGGUGAGAAGAUUCCAGCAGAUUGUCUGAAAGAAGAAAAGGGUGGUGGUUUGUAUGUCCUGUCCUGCGCCUGGUUUCUUCAAGGUAUCUACAGCUUGCUGUGCAUCCUGUUCCUUGUCUGCAAUCAAAUGGCCCGUGUAAUGGAGCAGUGGACUGAAGUCUUAGAUCUGGUUCCUGAUUUAAUGAAGUGGUACCCAUUCGCUGGUCACAGUCAUCAAAUGGUUGGCCAGUUUUAGGGAAAAGUCUCAAUCCGAUGAGCAUUGACUCUUUGUAUGAUAAAAGAUACAGGCAAGUGUUCUUCAUCAAGGUGAUCUCCUCACUCCUCCACACCGUCAAAGCUGAGCUCCAUCUCCAGAAUCAGCAGCUGGAGGCAGAGAAGAAAUCUGCUUUCAUCGUCCUCUGGUACAAGCCCUGGCAGCACCUGGAAUCCAGCACACCCUGAUCAACACAGCAGCGUGAUCUGUCAUCCCCUUGGGCUGUCUUAACCUCACCAGCUGUUGAUCCAAAGAAACAGUGGCAGCUAAGCUGCUAUCUUUUAAAUACAGCUAAAGGUGAAUUCUGCGUGUUGGAGCAUGGGUGGGAAACCUGGUGCUUCAAGAAGGAAUAACAACGAGUGGUUUGUAUGCUACAUCUGGCUGGUAAGCGACAGGGACUUCUCUGGAAGGAGGUGGAUGACCGCACAACAGAGAUGUUGCCUCACUCAUCUUCUGUGUUAAAUGUUUUAUGUCUUGUGUUUUUGGACGGCAGUAUUGGCCUAAUAAAAUAAUUAUUGAGCUGCAAAGCAGAUUUUUAUGGCAAUCUACAGGUUUAUAUAUUGGACAGCUGAAUUAAGUAGGUAAAAAUUUGACAAUAUACUAAAUUGCAGAAAAUGGCGCCAAUAAGAUGUUAAAAUAUUCAAAAUUGAUGUAGACAGUAAUGUAAUAAAGAGGGAGGUUAAAGUUAAGUUUAGAAAAGUGCUUUUAUGUCCUUUUCUCAGUAGUCCUGAUAGAAUUUUCUAAAACGAAAGCUGCAGUUGUAACCUAUUUACCUAAGUGCAAAACAGUGCAGUAGUAGAGCAGUUUCUGUCAUUUCUGAUAAGAUCUUGGUCCAUUUAUCUUCAAGAUAUUUGUGCUUUUUGGGACUUGGGAUACGAUUGAUGGUGGUGCACACUAUUUUAGGUGAUAAUUUGGAAAAAUAUGUAUGAAAAAUAAGUGAUUAGAUGGCACGAAAAUGUAAGAAACAGGAGUUUUCACACUGACUAAAUUUUGUUCUGCUUUCCACCAUAAUCUAACAUUUGGGUCCUCGUAUAGGCUGAUUGUGCUGAAAUUGAAAAUACAGGUUGACAUCAUUCCUCCAUAGUUAGAGCUGUUUUUUUUUUUUGUUUUUUUUAUAUAUAUACAAACAGUAUUACCACUGUAGAGCUUGAGGUAUUUAAGACUGUGGUGUAACUGACCUGAACAUGAGUGUGUGAGUGCAGGCUGUAAAAGUUACGCGUUUACUUGUCUUCAGAGUAUAGUUUGUAAAUAUUGUAUGAUACUGCUGUGCUUUUCUUUCAAUUAGUGCAUAGGGUAGGUUUUUUGUUCACACGGGUAAGUGUGUUCAAUUUCUUUCUGGGUUUUGCAAAACUCUUCUUUAAACUGUUAUGUGAAAAGUAAACUUCAAUGCAGGCAGGUCUGGAUUAGGUUGUGUGCUGUGUCUUCAUCAUCAGAGUGGAUGUCGUGGUGGAGUUCAUAAUUGCAGGUUUAUCCCAGUACAGCCUGAAAAUAUUUACACAGGCUCUUAAAUCAGAUUGUGGCGAGAAAUCAUGCUCAAUUUCCAGUCAUAUAGCAAAUGUGGUUGUUAAAUUGUCCCUUUCAGACAAAAAUAACAACAUUGUCCCUCAUUUGUGUCACUUUACUGUUUUGUGACAGUUAAAUGUUGGCAGAUUGGCCCAUGCAAAGCUAUUGUAUAUAUUCUGCGACGAAUGGGAGAACUAUCGCCAAACACGUAAUGUUAACGCCUUCCACAAAGUGAUAGAUUUACAAAAUACUCUUGUAAAACUGAAUUGUUCAUUUGUUUGUCAAACUGUUCCAUUGUUGACCAUUAUUUCAGCAAACAAUUUUGUAAUGACAACAAUCUCAACAUGUUUUCUUUCUUCCCCUUCAUUUACCUGAUCCCCCUGUCCUCUUUGCCAUCCCCUCCCCUCAGCCCCGAAACCUUUUCUCUCACACGUCACCAGACCUCUCAUUCUUCAGCUCGUAGCACUGCUGCAUUGCAGGAGCACAUGGAGAGAUGAAAAGUGAACGAACCACCUCCAGACGCCAGCCGCAGAGAGUGAAUUGUGAGCAAUCCAAGUCUUGGUUUGACCCACUCAAGUUGAAGCCUCACAGCUGAUGAAAUACAUGGGAGCCUUACACAAUGAAAUAUGGAAAAUGUUGAUGUUGCUGCUAACCCAAAUAUUUGAAAUGUUUUUUCUGUGUAAUGGGAUGCUUGUUUAGUUUUUAACCCAAUGUUUGAGGAUUGACAAAGUCUUAAUGUAUUUGCUGCUUUCUGUUUGUCCAGAUGCAUUUAUACUUUUUUUUAAAUAGUUUUCUUUCGGUCGUUUGCUGUUUACAUUUGUCAUUUAGUCUUUUUUUUUUUUUUCUCUCAACCUAUUUAUUAAUAUUUGGGAUUAAUUCGUCUGGUGUUUGAUUGGCUGACAGAACAGCUUAAGUUUGCAGUAGAGCCUAUAUUUGACAGCGUAAUCCCUCAUCUAAAAAAUGUGUCUGGACAUACAGAAUAUGUUAUCCUCAAAAUUAACCUACAUUUAGUAUAAAUUAAAAACAAAAUCCUUAGUGUACAUUCGUCUUUUUUGACAAGUGCUGGUGCGUGCUCCCAUGCUAAGAAAUUACCUUUUGGUUUCUUCUCAUGUGAAAGAGCUUGAUCGAUAAUUGUUUGUUGCCUUUGGUUUGCGUCAAUGUAAGAUUUGUACACACAUCGUUAAAGUGUGUACAUCUGAUGUCUCAGGUUUUCAGCAUUGAUACAACCCAGGAUGUUCCCUUUGUUGUUUAUUUAUUUUAUUUUUUAAGUAGAAAAUUCACCCCAGACAACUAACAAUACACAUUUUCAUUUUGGAUGUUUGGUUUUUCCUCUCCGAUGCCUGAGUCAUGUUUUCAGUAUUUUUUGCUCCCAUGUUACCGUUUACCUCCCAUCAGUCUUUUGUAACUCCUUCCUUGAUAUUUACUGGUAGAACUCCCCCCCCCGUCCCCCCCCCCCCCCCGUCCCUCACCUCUGCUGUGUUUAUUUCCUGUCAUUUGAAUUGGUCUUUUCUCUGUUCUCACUUUCUCUUAUUUCCCCUCCCUGCAUGCUGUCCUUUCCUGCUCUCUCCUGCAAAUCUCUAACCAGUAUUUGUUCUCUUCUCAUUCUUAUCUUUUCCUUUUAUGUUGAGUAUGUUUGUGGCUGUUUGCCGUGUGCAAUUAGUCACUCUCGCUAGUAAGUAUUAUACGGCGUCUACAGUGCUUUAAUAGUUUAUGUUGCAGCUCACUAACAACUGAAGCUGAACGUUUAUCUGCAAUGCCUCCUCCCUAUCUACAGAUCAGACAUGAUACACUGCCAUUUUGUAAAUACUGUGUAUAUAUAUAUUUUUGAAAGAAAUCUAAUAAACUUCAAGCAUAAAGGACA